GCUCGCUGGGUCGCGAGCCAUAUUUCGUCCAGCGUACAGUGUUGCUGAUUCGGAGACAGAGAAGCGACGCUUUGUGUCGCAGGUAGCAGUACGCUAUUGUUUUGACCUUCAACUGAACAGCGAUUCCAAGAGGAAAAUUAACUGAGUUAUUUUUUUUCAGUCAUCACACUGAAACCCAGUCAAGUUUUUUGUGGAUCUUGUACAUCACACACUUUGCAAGACAGCCACGUCCUUCAGUGAUAACAGAGGGAGCACUUAGCUAGCUGUUGCCGUUUUUAUCGCGGUGGUCUGGGAAAACCAUACUUAUAGAUAGGUUUCACCCCGGCAUGGAUGUUGGUGUUGGAAAUGAAAAGAAAAGGGUGAGCUCCGAUCGCAGGAAGGAGAAGUCCCGCGAUGCCGCCCGCUGCCGCCGGGGCAAGGAGUCGGAGGUCUUCUACGAGCUGGCCAACGAGCUGCCCUUGCCCCACAAUGUCACCUCCCACCUGGACAAGGCCUCCAUCAUGAGGCUCACCAUCAGCUACCUCAGCAUGAGGAAGCUGCUCACCACCGAUGUGGUGGAGGAGGAGUCUGAGCUGGAGAGCCAGCUGAAUGGCUUCUACCUGAAGGCCCUGGAGGGCUUCCUGAUGGUGCUGUCUGAGGACGGAGACAUGGUCUAUCUCACCGAGAACGUCAGCAAGAGCAUGGGCCUCACGCAGUUCGAUCUGACGGGCCACAGCAUCUUCGACUUCACCCACCCCUGUGACCAUGAGGAGAUGAGGGAGAUGCUGGUGCACAGACCUGGCACCAAGAAGGGCAAGGAACAGAACACCGAGCGCAGCUUCUUCCUGCGCAUGAAGUGCACGCUGACCAGCAGAGGGCGCACCGUCAACAUCAAGUCUGCCACGUGGAAGGUGAUGCACUGCAUGGGCCACGUGCGCGUGCAGGAGGCGGAGGAGGCCCCCGCGGACGGCCGCUACAAGGAGCCCCCCAAGACCUACCUGGUGCUCAUCUGCGAGCCCAUCCCCCACCCCUCCAACAUCGAGGUGCCGCUCGACAGCAAGACCUUCCUCAGCCGACACACCCUCGACAUGAAGUUCUCCUACUGCGACGAGAGAAUUACGGAGCUGAUGGGGUACGAGCCAGAUGACCUGCUGAACAAAUCUGUGUAUGAUUAUUACCACGCCCUGGACUCUGACCAGCUCACCAAGUCACACCAUGACUUGUUUGCCAAGGGCCAGGCCACCACUGGCCAGUACCGCAUGCUGGCCAAGAAGGGAGGCUUUGCCUGGGUGGAGACCCAGGCUACUGUCAUCUACAGCCCCAAGAACUCCCAGCCCCAGUGCAUCGUCUGUGUCAACUAUGUGCUGAGUGGCAUCGAGGAGGGCAAUAUGCUCCUCUCCCUGCACCAGACGGCCAGCAGCGAGCCCAAGAUGGAGGUGGUGAAGGAGGAGGUGGAGGUGGAGAAGGUGACGGUGGUCCACCUGGAGGAGAUCCUGUCAGCCGUGGAGAAGGAGGAGGUGGUGGUGGCUGAGGAGGAGGAGGUGGAGGAGAUCGCAGACGAAGAGGAAGAUGAAGAGGAGGAGGACGAGGAAGAGCGAAAGAGCCCAGAGCUGAAUAUCACCAAGCUCUUCAUCAGCCACAGCGAGGCGGACAGCUCCGACAGCCUGUACGAGAAGCUGAAGGCCUCGGGCUCCGACCUCAGCCUGCUGGCACCUGCUCCUGGAGACACCAUCAUCUCCCUCGACUUCACCGGACCUGACUCUGAUCUGCAGCUGCUGGAGGAAGUGCCCCUGUAUAACGACGUGAUGCUGCCCUCCACCAGUGAGAAGAUGCCCCUGGCCCUCUCCCCCAUCGCCUCCAUUGAGUCCUCUCCUGCCCUGACCCCCGACCUCUCCCCCGCCACCACCACCACCACCAGCCCAGAGGCCCAGAGCUCCACACAGCCGAGUAGCCCCAUGGAUUCCUUUUUCCAAGUGGAGCCGGACAUGGGAGGGGAGUUCAGCAUGGACAUGGUAGAGAAGCUCUUUGCCAUCGACACCGAAGCCAAGGCUCCUUUCAGCACCCAGGACAUGUGCGACCUUGACCUGGAGAUGCGCGCGCCCUACAUCCCCAUGGACGACGACUUCCAGCUGCGCAUGCCCUCCCCGCUGGACCCCCUGCCCUCCUCCGGGCCCUUCUCCAUGUCCGCCAUGGGCUCCAUCUUCCAGCCGCUCUCCUCCUCCUCCUCAGCCGAGACCUCUCCCUUCCCCUCCUCCUCCUCUUCCUCCCCCUCCCACUCCUCUUUGUCACCCUCUCCUUCUCCGGCCUCCUCCUCCGCAGCGUCCUCCUCCCCCAGAGUGGUGACGGUGUCUAAGCAGGAGUGGGCGUCGCGGGGCCCCUCGCCGCUGCACAUGCUGCUGGAUGGCCGGAUUGGUGGCACCGCCGCCGCCGCGAGUGCACCCAGCUCGCCGUUACGAACGUCACCGCAGAAACGGCGUGACUGUCCUGCGACCGUCCCUGACAUGCCGCCGCGCAGCCUGGCCGACCUUCUCAACCACGGCGGCAACCGCAGCCCCAGGUUACCCUCUGUGGAAAAGACGAUAUCUCCCAAGAUGUUAGCUCUGCAGAACAACCAGCGCAAGAGGAAGUUGGAGGAGACCUCAUCCCUCUCCCAAGUGGGACUGGAUGCUUUCCUGCAGAGCGUGGACGGCGCUCUAGAGCCUGGCAAGAGAGCCAAAGUUCUGGAGGUGAAGGGCUCUAGUGGGAACAAGACCAUCCUCAUCCUGCCCUCUGACGUGGCAAGUCGUCUGCUGUGCAGUUCCCUGGAGGCUCCAUCUCUGCAGAGCCACGGGCUGCCCCAGCUGACGGGCUACGACUGCGAGGUCAACGCUCCCAUCCAGGAGCGCCACCUAUUGCAGGGAGAGGAGCUACUGCGGGCCCUCGACCAAGUCAUAUGAUCACGUCGCUCGCCUCUCUUUCUUUAUCUCUCCCUCUUCAUUUCUCUCUCUCGCUCUCUCACUCUUGUAUUUUUUUCUUCUUUUCUCUUUUACUCGCCUGGUUAUGCAGGACAUUUUAAACUCCAACCCCCACCCUAUGUUUCCGUCCCACCGCUCCCACCUACGAAAGACAGCAGCCCCAGAAUAUUACUCAACAAAAGCCCCUAUGGCUCCACCGUUUCUCCCUUCCUUCUACCUUCCUUUUCUCUUCCCCCCCCCCUUUUCUGUCUUUGUAUUUAUAUUUUCAUAUACACUGUUUUUCUCCAGGUGCGCUUAGGGGCAAGCGACUUGCUCCUACUUCUCAAUUUUGCCCUACCUCCCUUACCGAUGUCUCCCCCUAGCGUCCCGUCAGCCCUUCCCCACAUCGCUAACUCCCAACGCAUGCACGCACACUAUCAAGACAAAGAACACACACCAACUCUGAGGGAAGUAGAAUGUAGAAGGGAGCACUUGCCCUCCUGAUUGUGGAGUCCCUGUAGGGGUUAGAGGUUGUGUGUGUGUGUGUGUGUGCGUGUGUGUGCGUGUGUGUGCGUGUGUGUGCGUGUGUGUGCGUGUGUGUGCGUGUGUGUGCGCGUGCGUGCGCGCGCGUGCGCGUGCGUGCGUGUGCGCGUGUGUGUGUGUGUGUUUAGUUACAAUCGCGUCUCGCAGUGGCACCCAGCGUAAACCAAUGGCAAGUGUUCAUACAAAAACAGAAGCCUUAAAAAGUCAAACGAAAACACACUUUCAGAACGCACACCUUUUUCACACAGCGUCUGCCGCUGCCUCUCUUCCUCCCCGUCCUACUCCCUCUCCACCUUAGGGUCCCCCUCUCAAAAAAAAAGAAAAGGAACACCCCGUAUCGUUCUCAAAACAGUGUGUAGCUUCAGUCGCACAAUGAUUCUAUUUUCUUAAAGAAAAAAAAGCAAGGAAAAAAAAACGACAAAUACCAGCAGUCCAUACAAUAAUAAAGAACUCUUUGUAAUGGAUGAUUACUUUUAAUGGAAGAUUUGAAAAACAAUGUUCUCUGUGUUCUCUUUAGAUAUUAUUAUGUUUCUACUGUUUCUCUGUAGCAGUUUAUCGCGAGACGUUUUUAAGUGUAUUGCCUACAUUCUGCUGUACGGUUUUAAGGAUAGAAGGAAAAGAAAUACUUUUGUCCACGUUCCUUUUCCAAGGUUGUGGGCUGCUUACAGAUUAGAGUUGUGGGGAUAAAAAAAACGGAAGAUUUAAUCAUACCAUGUCCAUGGGGUGCUAAAGGGAUAAUCAAGUCAACCAAACCAUAGAAAGAAGGGAAAGGCUAGCCAGGCCGUGCCCUCCUAGUGACGCAACACCUUCAGCGUUGCUUCUAGUCAGGUCAAGAGCAAUACAAAUAUCGUUGCUGAUCUCCCGAAGAACUGGGAACUCCUCCCACUUUGUCGGGAAGCAUGCAACCAUUAGUCAACCCAGGGAGGCGGGUCGACCACGAUAUUUGGGAAAUGUUCAUUGUUAUGCUCUUGGUCAGACCAAGUCUCGAAGAGAUUUCCUCCUCUAGUUUGGCGUAAGACCAGUGAGUCUUGCAUCUCAUACAGUGUGCUUCAAGAAUCAACUCGAGCAAUAUCUCCUCUUUUUCUUUUUUUUUUUAUUAAAAAAUCAUCGACUUUUUCCCUGACGUCUUUGCAAUAGACAUAUAGAAUGCUUGUUGUCAUUUUUAUUAAAUCAUGCAUUUAGUAGAAGGCAUUGUAACAGGUUUAUCGAUGUAUUACACAAGUCUGCAUAUAUGAAUAUAUAUAUCAGUCAUGCACCAAUGCAGCUCCGCUUCCCAUUUCUUACCUUGUUCAUUAUUGCAGUAGUCAAGACAGGGAAAUGCAUGGAUCAAGUAAGACAUUUUCUUUCCUGUCGUGUGCUAAUCGUCAUCUUGUAAUGAUGUUUUAGAGUUGCUAAUUGCAGCCAUUUCUAGUUCCUUUUGUCUUUCCAUACCAUUAGGAGAGCCUUUUUUUGUUUCAUUUUUUCGUUUUGUUUUUUCCUGUGAUGCGUCAUGUUGUAAACCUUUUUGUUUUAAUCUCUGCACCUGUAUUCUCUUAACACUAAAUGUAUUGUUUAUGGCAUCAUAAGUAAAGGAUAAUUGUGGACCAGACUGGA